CCGACAGUCACAGAAAAAGCAAGUUCAAGCCUUGGACAACGUACCAAUGAUGACCGCUAAGAGCUUCCAGUCUCGUCCCGAUUCCCCACUCCGGUGGACCUCCUAAAAUCGGGGCGACCCAGUUUGUCAGCAGCAUGAUUAUUGAUCCGAUCAUGCCCCGGAAUUCUCUGGGAGGACUUCUCCGAAAAUUAAACGCCCCCCGCCCGCCGCAUCGAUGAACUACAUUUUCUUUCCUUCUUCAUGGCCGUUCCUGGCUCUGCUGGUCCUGGCCUUCGACAACUGAUCUGCCCCGGGGGAGUCUCGUUUUGAUUUCCAUCGGAUGAGACUGUCGUGAUUGUAAUUAUCUUUUUUUUUUUCCUAGUUGCAUGACUUCAGAAUGCCCCGCGCGGGUUGAUGCAGCAUCGGAGGCCCCGUCGUCCUCAAUGGAGACCGACACUGUCAUCGUCGGCAAUGGGCCGUCGGCCAUGAUCCUCUCAUACAUUCUGCAUGGUCACAUUCCGUUCUACUCGCGGAACCCUCCGCAUCCGGAUUCCCUACUUGAUUCCAAGUUGCAGAACACCCCGAACCUGCUAAAUGCCGACGUCGACGCGCUUACCGCGCAUUUCGCGGCUUCUCGGUUAUCCUACUCCACCCAGGCUCUACCAGUGAAUGUCUUGCUGGAUACCCUGGUGCGACCGAGCGUUGAUAUCGACGAUUCAGGCUGCACGUCAAAUAUCGAGUGGCGCCAUGUGCCCGAAAAGGCCGUCUCCCACCUCGUAUUUGGCGACGCGCCUCGUCCGGGGGGUCAAUGGACGGAGGAUCCUCAUGGGGCGAGCUGGGAUAUUCAAACUUUGAGUUAUGCAGCCAUGUUAUCCUUGCCGGGCUACUCGUUCACCGAUCACCAUCGACAGGUGACUGGCCAGGAUCUACCUCAAUAUACCCGACCGACCAGACGUGAGAUUGCCGACUACUUCCAGGCUUACCCCGCAGCUGUCCAGGUCGAUGAUGUCUUUCAAUGCGGGGAACGAUUGAGUGGCAUCUCCCGCACCGCGGACGGCUUCUUUAUACAGUCCCACAACAUCCGCUGCAAGCGAUUGGUGCUCGCAAGUGGUAUUUUCUCGGAGAUUCUUCCACCUCCGCCCAUACUACAGCCGCUGCUUCAAGCGAAGAUUACGCCGGAUGUACCUGUACUUGUAAUUGGGUCUGGAUUUUCUGCGGCGGACGCUAUUAUUUCUGCUUCAAAGAACCAAAAGAUUUUGCACGUCUUUAAAUGGUCUCCCGAAGAUCGCCCGUCACCGCUUCGGGGCUGUCAUCAACACGCAUAUCCAGAAUACGCGGGGGUUUAUCGAUUAAUGAAGAGGGCUGCUCUUGCUGCCGGUUCGGGAGGCAAAAGCCAGCGGCCAAAAUAUCGCCGUGGCGCUUCGACGGGCUUUUUGGAAAGCCGCAAUUGGGAUGAAGCGUAUGAGGGAGUCUCCAAUGUCGAGGUCAUCGCCGUGGAGAUGGAAGAUGAUCUGGCCGAGGUCACCUUCCGUCGAGAGGACGGGUCCACCUUCUCACGGUCCGUGCGGGGCCUCGUUUACGCAGCUGGUCGGCGAGGUACUCUAGGCUAUCUCGACUCGCAACUUCGCACGGAGGUGCUCGGCCACGAUGAGGUGGACGUGGCCAUCUCAGGCCAGACACUGCGAGCGAAAGCACUGGAAGACUUGGAGGUCGCCCCGGAUGUCUAUAUUAUCGGUAGUUUGACGGGCGAUUCACUAGUCCGCUUUGCAUAUGGAGGCUGCGUGGCGACAGCAGGACAUCUGCUGGGUAGCAAGGAAGGCGAGCGAGAAUCACGCAGCACAUGUAGUAGCGUGGUCUCAACACGGCCACAAUCCGCAUCCCUGCAGGUGAUGAAUGGCAUGGACGGUCAUCACGUAUACCCCGUCAAUGGGACUGAUUUGACCCGAGAGGAUACCUUGAGUAAAGUAUCCACGACUACCGCACCGACGACUGUACAGAGCUGGUGGAAAACGGUACUGCAUAUGUGGAGGGAUUUGACACAAUAGCCCGUCACAUGUUGAUAUCAUCGCUGAAAUCCUGUAUCUGUAUAUAAUUUCAAAGUACCUGCAUUUUGUUGUCCUCGUGUGUUCUGACUGCAUCACACGUUGCCUUUUUCUGUGUCUGCUGCUAGAAAUGCAAGAUAGCAAACCCCCGCAUGACACCUAUAUGUAAAAGAAGCUAAAUCGGGCCAAUGAAUAUUGGUUGAUUGGUUGGUUGAUUGACAAAACUAUCACUGUCUGAAAGGAUCAAAAGAUAUGUUGAGAUGGAAUCAGUGGUGCCAGCCAGGGCUUCGUUGGAAGGCUAGAUUGCAAGAGGGAAGUCAGCCCUCUUGAAUCAACUCAGAAAGCGUUACAACUCGAUAUCCCCGACGCCGCAACUCGGGCAAAACCACACCCAACAUCGGCACCGUCCACUCCCUCCGAUCAUGGCAAACAAUAAUACUCCCCGGUCGUACCAUACUCAGGAUAUGCCUCGCAUUCAAGUUCGCAAACGGUACCUGCGGAUCAUGGGGAUAGACAUCCCCUAGCGCUAAUCGAUAUCCCAACCCCUUAACUAGCGCGCGCAUACGGGAACUGAAAAAGCCCGAGCCGGGACGAAAGAACCAAUUCUCGGGUCCGUCUUGACUGGCCUCACGAUAGGCGUUUUGGAUCAUCACUUCCACGGUAGCAAUCUGCUCUGCGAGUGUCGCGUCGCUUAACGCGCGUGACGGUUCGUCGUACAUGGCGUGAUUGGCUAGUUCAUUUCCAUGGCGGAUCAGAUUGGCUAGAUCGCUCUCGUGGCCUGGUACCUGGGAGCCGAUGAUGAAAAAAGUUGCCGUUGCGUUGUGCGGUGUCAGGAGCUCUUGAAUAGCGGGUGUAUGUGUCGAAGGGGCGUCGUCGAUAGUUAAGGCAAUGACUUUCUGUGUGGUGGGGUGGUGGAAGAGGACGUCGGGCCAGCGGCGUUGGAGAUAUUUGACGAAUGUUUGGGGAGGUUUAUAAAUUAGAUAUAGAGGACAGAGGAGACAGCAUGUGUAGAGGAUGCUGGAUAUCAUGGCGGAGUGACUGGAGAAGGGAAGAUGUAGAUUCGAUCGCAUUGGCGUUGAGUGCCGGAGGAGUAGCCCCACUUGACAGAACGCGAUGAAGUAUGAC